CACUGUUAUCUUCCUUAUCAACUCUGACCUAUAUAAUAUAUCUAGUUUGUGACCGGGUCUUCCCAGUAGCCUACCGAAUAUCGAAUACAGCAGGGCGGGCUAGGGAAGGAAACCGGCAGGCAGGGACCGGCAGGAACUCGCUGGAGCGUUGAAAGUCCUCGAUCAACGCAGAUUAGGUCAGAGCAGCACAAACGGCUGCACUUGACUUUGAUACGGACCACUUUCUGCACGAAGGACUGUAGCGCACAGCCAAAUACUGCAGGAGAAAACAUGUCUCGUUCUAUCGUCCGACUUUCGCUCGUCAUCUCUCAGAAAGUGGCUGCCAAGCCCGUCUUAUUGCCCAAGACCAGGGUUCCUGCUUUCAUCCGUCCUGUCUCCACUAGUUCAGGCUCAGGAUCUCUGACUCGUUAUGAUGAGACGACAGACUGGCAGAAAAAACUUACCCCUGAACAGUAUGUGGUCACGAGGGAGAAGGGGACAGAGAUGCCCUUCAGCGGUCUCUAUCUGAACCAUAGUGAGGUGGGGAUGUACCACUGUGUGUGCUGCGAUACUCCCCUCUUCAGUUCAGAGGCAAAAUAUGACUCUGGGACAGGCUGGCCAGCGUUCAAAGAGGCUCAUGGGACGUGGGAGCGCAACGAGAGCCAUGCAUCCAUCAUCCGUCGCCCUGACAACACGAUGGGUAGUGCCGAGACAGAGGUCCUCUGUAAACAUUGUGAUGCCCAUCUGGGUCAUGUGUUUGAAGAUGGACCAGACCCCACAGGACAGAGGUUCUGCAUCAACAGCCAGUCUCUUAACUUCAGACCGAGAGAUCUCACACCCGAAGACUAGUGGAGCCCCUAGGACCGCUUAGAACCGUCUAAAACCACCUAGGCCUGACCGGAGCAAACCUUCAAACCCAGAGAACACAAACCCAAGGUCCAGUAAAACACAACAGAACUGACACCUGGAUCCCUAACACUGACCAUAGAUGGAAUUUUCCUGAUUUCCUGACCUCAGCAUCAGGAAUACUCUUUGUUUUCUAUGUCUGUAUCUUUCUGUAACUGAUCAUAGAUGAACCUGUAAUAUUUACCUGACUGUAUUUACAUCUGUUCCCAGCACUUGCCCCAACUACGGUACAGUAUGUUAUAGGGGUAAGGAGGUAAAGGGGGGUCAUGUGUUUCAUAUGGUCACAUUUUUAUGUCUGUCCAUUAUAUUAAAGGGUCUUCAAUCAUAGUCACUGGGUCGCUCUGAAAGUUAAAGGCCUAAUGCAGUGUUUUUUAUCUCAAUAUCAAAUAAUUUUUGGGUAAAAAUGAAGUACCUUACAGUAAUAGUUUUCCAUUAAAAUGGUCAAAAAGAAACAAAAAUAGCUUUUUAGCAAAAAACUAUUUCUCUAGCAACAAUUUUUACAGUGUUAGUUUCAUCAGCUGUUGAACAAUAUGAUACAAAACACAGGAAAACUGAAUUUUAACUGCUUCUAACUGAUAGGUAAGGAGUAUUUUUGACCGCUCAUUGAAUCGAGCCCUUAGUGUCUGCUGUUGUGUACAGUUACCUACUGUCAUAUGAACCCUUCAACAUGGAGCAUAUUCUGUCAAAUUAAAUUUGUAUUUUUUCUUGUG